AUGGCCCACUGUGCAGCGGGUGCAGCGGACGGCGCGACCCCCGCGGUGCCUCUGCGGUCCCCCGGACCUUGCCCGAAGGGGCUGUCCAGGAAGGGGCCCGGGGAGCGGCGCAGGCUGAAGGUCGUGGUGUCGGAGCAGCUCAGCCGCGAUGUGCUCAGACUUUUAAGGGAAGAAAUCCAUACAGACACUGUUCUUUCUGUCGGUGGCUCUCUGUUCAAAGUGCACAGGGCAGUCUUGUUAGCCAGAGCUCCUGGCUUUUAUUCCCACGUCCUCGGACAGAUGUCGAGUGAUUUCACAAACAAGCCUGUUCCUGUGGACAGUGUUGAAGCUUCAGAGUUUAGAACAUUUUUGCAGAUUCUAUAUUCAUCAAAUGACAGCAUAAAAAACCAUGAAGAGGAAAUUCUUAAAAAAAUGAAAGUGGAAAGUGUAAUGCUGGAAAAGAAGCCCGAUGUUAGCUUUCAGAAGUAUGGGAAAGAUUUGUCUGAUUGUUUCCUUGGGAAGAGUGAAAUUCCACCAGAUGUUACUGGUGGAAGCUGCAGUUUUAUUCCCAGUGAUAAUUAUGACCUGGAACCUGUGUCUGAAUUGGGGGAAGACUUACUGAAGCUUUAUGUGAAACAGUGUUGUCCUGAUAUUGAUAUCUGUGUUGAUGGGAAGAGUUUCAGAGCUCACAGGGCCAUCCUCAGUGCCAGGUCUGGUUAUUUCGCUGCCAUGCUGAGUGGCUACUGGGCCGAAAGCUCCCAGGAGUGUGUUACUCUUCAAGGUAUAACCCAUGCAGAAAUGAAUGUUUUGAUGCAUUUUAUAUAUGGAGGGACUUUGGACUUUCCUGACAAAGCUAAUGCUGGUCAGAUACUGAAUGUGGCUGACAUGUAUGGCCUGGAAGGGUUAAGAGAAGUAGCAGUCUAUAUCUUAAGAAGAGACUACUGUAACUUCUUUCAGAAGCCCGUUCCAAGAACAUUGGCAACAAUUCUAGAAUGCCUAAUUAUUGCUCAUUCAGUUGGAGUGGAAAGUCUUUUUGCUGACUGCAUGAACUGGAUUAUAAGCCAUUUUGCAAGGUUUUGGUCAGAAAGAAGCUUUGCAAAUGUACCUCCUGAAAUUCAGAAAACUUGUCUCAACAUGCUGAUCCAGUCCCUAAAUCAUAGGAAUGCUGCUUUUCUUCUGAUGGAAAGUGACAGACUAAUCAUGGGUUUACCCAGAGUAAAGUGGACAGAAGUGGCAUUGUCCAUGGCGUCUCAGCUUCAAGAAGAGUGUGUGGCAUUUAUUGUAGAAAACUUCUCAAAAAUCAUUGAGACUGAAAAUUUCACUCUACUCUUACAGUCACAAGCAAUGAGCAGCACAGCUCAUCUGUUGGACAAAAUUUUUAAAGCAAUUGAAGACAAUAUUACCACUGAAAAUAGUUGCUCACUCCUUAUGGCUCUGGACACAUUACUGAAUUCUGAAAGUACAAAGGAAAUGGGCUUUACGUGCAAGAUCCAAGCUGUGCGUGAUAAGCUGUGGGUCUUCCUGGUUCAGUCUUUCUAUGCUGUUCGUCACACAGAAAGCUGGAAACGGAUGCACAUUGACGAUCAGCAGAAAAUCCAAGCAGCUGCAUUUGACAAAGGUGAUGACCGAAGACUUGGCAGGAAGCCUGUGCUCACCAGCUCCCAGCAAAGGAGAAGGAGACAAGAGUCUGAUGCUGAUGUUAUAAAAAAAAACCCUUGGGCGGAAAACAACAAAAAUCCAUAUCGAACGUAUCUGUCUACUAAUCAUAACAUGAAAUCUGAUGGACUAGGAGCAUGUGGACAUACAUCCAGCACUAACAGAAAUAGUGUGAAUAAAGCAUUCAAGCAUAAUGAUAGUAUAAAAAUAUCCAAAGUGACAAAAGGAUUGAAAACUGGGGGGAAAAAUGCUUCUGGCAAGGCUAAAGCUGUAAUAAAGCCCCAGACAGAAAGCAAUGAUACUACAAAGUUGGAAGAUCUAUCCAAAGUUGCAGGAAGACCAGAAAGAGUGGCAGCAACAGGACAGAAGGACUGGGUGCAUGGAAAAGGAGUCAGGAACCAAGAAGCACAGGCCCCGGGGGCCAGGCCCAAGGUACUCAGUGCAAACCUCAAUGUGCAAGCCAGAGCCAAGCCUUCAAAAGCAGGGGCAGGGAAGGAUUCUUCAUGCCCUACUACUGUGGGACCCACUAGUAGAUGUAUAGAUUCGAGUAUGGAGCCUUUGCCUUCCACUGGUCAUGUGGAUGAGCCAAAAGAAAAUGGAACUGUGGGAGACAGGUCAUCUGAUGAGAAGCCACACUUAAGUGAGUCUCCAGGAGAGGCACUGAAUAAUGGAGUGCUGACAACUGUAGCUGUAAAAUCUCGACCAGUCUCAAGAGUUAUCAAUGGAGCAUUCCAAAGAAAAAUCAUUCAUGAGCAAGACCCUAACAUAGGUAGCAGUGUAAUCAAAAAGGUGAGUGGCAAAGGACUUAGUGACCCAGCACCACAGGCAGCUAUGAAGAAAAGAGUGAGCAGCAAUGGACAUACGACAGCCCAGCCACAGACAAAGGGCACCCCUCCCACCCUUGCCCAAAUUCAAGGAUGCCAUGGAGAGUCCCCACACUCUAUAAAACCCUCAGUGUCUUCGAGGCAGUCUGAUGAAAAUGUAACAAAGCUGAGGCACAGUGCCGCUGUGCAUAAACAGAUACCUAAGAGAAAAAUUGUCAAACAAGGACAUGUAACUUUGCAGAAGGUUAAUGCAAAAGUGGUACCAAUGCCUAAAGACCCAAGUCUUUCUAAGAAAGGUGGAGCUUUGAAUAAUACAAAUUCAAAACAGAAAGUGCUUCCCGGGGAGGUUACCCUGCAAACUCAGGCUUCUCAAAUACCUUUCAAAGCAGAAUCAGCCACCACACAGAAAUGCAUGCUUCCCAAUUCGAGCGACAAGAUCCAUGUUUUUAAACAGAGGCCUCCUGGGUCCCUGGUUCAGCUUGCUUCUGAGAACAGUGGUGCAGACACUCUCCAGCUGCUGUGCAGACCUUACCCACAGAAGCCACUAGACAGUCAAGGAAAGAAGAAACCAGAGCUAGAAUGCCAAAAGAGUUCAAAGCUGGAUGAAUCAAUCAAACAUGAACUCAAGUCAAAACAAACUGGUUUAGAUCAAAGUAACACAUCUGGUUACAAAAACACAAAUCACUGCAGUGCAAAUUCUAAUUGCCUUAACAUCACUGCUCUAAAAUCCAUGACUACAAACCAAAAUGAAAACUCCACAAACUCUAACCUAGUUUGUGAUUCAUACUCUGCAAAUGCAGAGCAAAUCUGUUUACUCUCAGAUAGAGAAAAGCAAAUAGGAAAUAAAAACAUAGACACUAAACCAAGUAUGAAUUGCGUGAAAGCAAAAGAAGUUUCCCUGUGUGUUCCUGAAGGGACAAGUGGUACCUUAAAAAACUCUGUUCAAGAUGAAAGAAAAUCAUCAGCUCAGAGCCAGUUACCCAGCAACUCUGCCACCAAGGGCAAUAAAUGUGCUACAGUCAACUCAACUGUUUCUUCCAGAUGUCUUUUGGGACAACCAUCAGGAAAAAAUUAUAAAAAUAUGGAAACAUCAGAAACCCCAGAGAGCCAUGAAACUGCAGAAGCUCCAUUCACAAGUCCCUGGGACUUAAACACCAGUGUCACACAUCAGAGAGAGAGUCCAGAGUCUGACAGUGGCAGUGCUACCACAUCCUCCGAUGACAUAAAGCCCCGUUCUGAAGACUAUGAUGCUGGAGGGUCUCAGGAUGACGAGGGCUCCAAUGACAGAGGCAUCUCCAAGUGUGGCACCACGCUGUGCCAUGACUUCCUUGGAAGGAGCAGCAGUGACACGAGCACCCCUGAGGAGCUGAAGGUUUAUGACACCAACCUAAGAAUCGAAGUCAAAGUGAAAAAACAGGGUGACCUUUUCCAGACCAGCUCAACCACUGAUGACGAGGUGCCUAGGAAAAAGCCAGAAAUUUGGUCUCAAUCUACAAUACUCCAUCCCAGGGAAAAGGAAAAUAUCGCACGAGGCAGUGUCCCAUUUGCUCAGGAAAUGGACCAGGUUUCUUCUUCAGCAGAUGAAACAGAAGAUGAGAGAUCUGAAGCAGAAAACGUGGGGGAAAAUUCCUCACUGUCCAACUCAGGUACUCAGCAGGUUCAGGGAAUAAUUAACUUAGCUUUUGAAGAUGGAACUGAACGCGAGAGCUCCGAGUUUUCUGCACCUAAAAGGUUUAGACGGUCAGUGUUGCUCUCGGUGGAUGAAUGUGAAGAAGUGGGGUCAGAUGAAGGGGAAGCCCACACCCCCGUCCAGCCUUCUGUAGAUUCUCCGUCACCUUCUGAUGUUUUUGAUGGAGUUUCUUACAAGCACCAUGGAAGGACAGACUACUCCAGACUUUUGAAAGAAAGUGAAGAUACUACUGUACAUAAAGGGAAUAGUGUAUAUAAAAAUGAAAGCAUUCUCCUGGGCUCUAGUAGCAAAGACUCUUCAAGAAAAGAUAAACAGAGUGUCUCAACAGACCAAAAGAACAGGUCAGAUGUCCCAUCCAAAGGAAGCCAACAGCUUUGUCCAGAAGAUGAGGGAGUAAAUAGUAGAAGCGAGGUGGCUAAUGGCUUCCAGCAGCACAACACGUUCUUGGAUAUUGAUGCAAAAUCUCAAGAAAGACCAUGUCAUUUGGAGCUUCAUCAGAGAGAACUCAGCUCCAACAUACCAAAGAUGAGCUCAGCAAAAUCUCUAGACUCCUAUCCGAGCCGGGUUCUGCCUCAGGAAGGUCAAGUGGAAGAGAGCCAUUCCACAGCUCCCAAGAAAGCUAAUAAUGCUGUGUUUUCAGGAGACAUAGAUGAUUGUGACACAUUGGCACAAACCUGCAUGUAUGACCACCGGCCUUCAAAAACCCUCUCUCCAAUAUAUGAGAUGGAUAUAGCAGAAGCAUUUGAGCAGAGAGUGGAAUCAGAAGUCCAUGUCAUAGACAGGGACUCUGAAGAUGGUCAGCACUUUGCAAAGCAGGACUGGACACUGCUGAGACAGCUGCUCUCUGAACAAGACGCAAACUUAAAUGUCACACACUCUCUUCCUGAAGACCUAAGCUUAGCACAGUAUUUAAUCAAGCAGACACUCCUGUUAGCUCAAGAUAGCUCAAAACCUCAGGGUUCAGCACACGCUGACUCUUGGAACAGGUGGAGUGAGCUCUCGUCUCCACUUGAUGAUUCCUCAGCAAGUAACAACACCAUGGCUAGUGUUCCCUCGGAAGGUUGUUCACCUCUAGGGGAGUGGACAAUCCUGGAGUUGGAAACUCAGCAUUAAGAGUUUCAACAUUCAGGAAAAAUUUAAACUAUACCACCCUGUAUUUUUUGUUGAUGCCUACAUAAUAUUUAUAAUUUAAUUAGCUAGAUACAAACUGUCCUUAAAACUAUGGAGUCUCCAGUUUAUUGAUGUAAAUAUAGCUUAUUUAUUAAUAUGAUGCUUCAUGUUAAAAACAGUUUUCUAAAAUUUUGAGCAUGUUUUCCUUAACUGUUAGAGAGACUAGAAGACUUAUAGAAAAUAUUUGUUCCACUUCUCUUUCCUAGCUGGUAAGUUGUUCAUUUAUUCAGGAAUUUCCACAUCAGCGCACAAGGAGAUCAACCCCUUACUUUUGAUUCUGCAUAUGGUACCAUAAUAAUUUAACAAUAAACUUACUGUGUGCAU